GCGGCGCGCGCUGCCGGGUAGCAACAAGCGCGGCGGGCGCUGGCCAAUCAGCGCGGGGGGGCGUGGCCAGAGCGGCCCAUGGUACUUCCGGCAACAGCCCCGGGCCCGGGCCGAGCGCCGGGCGGGGAGCGGCGGCAGCGGCGGCCGGAGAGAAACCAUGCCAUUUUUGGGCCAAGACUGGAGAUCCCCUGGAUGGAGAUGGGUUAAAACAGAAGAUGGAUGGAAAAGAUGUGAAACCUUUAGUCAUGCACUUGAGGAUGGGAAUAAUCAGCUGAAUGAUAUCAGCCACACUGUUAUCAUAACUGGAGAUGAUGAGAAUGAAGAAGGGUACAAUACUGAAGACUGUGAGUUUGCAGCCAAGAAAAGGAAAAAAGAUCAUUUUAGGAAUAACACAGAUUCGCAAUGUUUUUAUCGUGAAAAGUGGAUUUAUGUUCAUAAAGAAAGCACCAAGGAAAGACAUGGCUAUUGCACCUUGGGAGAAGCAUUUAACCGCUUGGACUUUUCGAGUGCGAUUCAGGACAUCAGGAGGUUCAAUUAUGUGGUCAAACUCUUGCAGUUAAUUGCAAAAUCCCAGUUAACUUCACUGAGUGGUGCAGCACAGAAGAACUACUUUAACAUUUUGGACAAAAUUGUGCAGAAAGUUAUGGAAGAUCAAUAUAAUCCACGAUUGAUCAAAGAUCUUCUACAGGAUCUGAGUUCUACUCUCUGUAUACUGAUUAGGGGAGUAGGAAAAUCUGUGUUGGUAGGCAACAUCAAUAUUUGGAUUUGCCGAUUAGAAACUAUCCUUCUGUGGCAACAACAAUUAAAAAAUCUUCAGAUGAACAAGCAAGUCAACAAUGGACUUACACUUAGCGAUCUCCCUCUCCAUAUGCUGAAUAACAUCUUGUACAGGUUCUCCGAUGGCUGGGACAUUAUUACUCUGGGUCAAGUGACCCCAACUUUGUACAUGCUUAGUGAAGACAGACAGUUGUGGAAAAAACUCUGCCAGUACCAUUUUGCAGAAAAGCAGUUUUGUAGGCAUUUGAUUCCAUCAGAGAAAGGUCACAUUGACUGGAAGCUGAUGUACUUUGCACUUCAGAAAUAUUACCCAAUAAAGGAACAGUACGGGGACACCUUGCAUUUCUGCCGACACUGUAGUAUUCUGUUUUGGAAGGACUACCACCUUGCUUUGUUGCUCCAGGAUACAGGACACCCCUGCACAGCCAGUGAUCCAAACACCUGUCUCAUGCCAGUAUCUCCUCAGCAUUUUAUUGAUCUCUUCAAAUUUUGAGAUGUUCAGUAUCUGUUCUCCUGUGUUUGUGGUCAUUUUUGUGAAGAGUCAGGCAGGAUAUGUUAUGCUUUUUGUGCAAUAUAUUUAAGUGUAAUGUUUUAUUGUAGUUUAAAUAAAUAUAUGGGGGAGAUUAUCGGAGAGGUUCAUUUGGCAUAUUGCUUUUGUGCAGAAUAGCAAGGAGAAAGGAGAAACAUUAAGAAAACUUCGUUGUCAGGAAGUCUCCAGUGGACUUUUUUUCAAGUCCAAGAAAGACCACUUUAAUCUCAACUUUAAAUCUCUGCUUUUGACGCCUUAAUAGUUGGUUAAAAUUAUGUAGGGGAGUUUUGAAAAUUUCAUGGAAGAAUUAAACUACUCUUGCAGGGACCAAAGGAGGGGGUUUUUUGUUAAUCCUUCUUUCUAUAAGCCAUGGUUUUCAAAACACUUCCAUAUAAUUUGCACUAUUAUAAAGAAUAGGCCAAUAUUCUCUUAGACUCUUACUACAUCAUUAUGAAGGUGGCAUUCAUUAUUAGGAGCUAGUGAGUAAAAUAUAACUGUGUUAUAUCUGCUGUUGAACCUAUAUGAAUGAAGGAAAUCAACCAAUUUUUGUACAUACAUUAUGCAAAAGUAUUUAUUUUUCUUAAGGACUUUAUUAAACAUUUAACCUGUCUCAGCACAUCUUGUAGAACUCAUGAGACCAAUCUGAGGCUACUGGAAAUCUUUCUGAUGGUAGCUACAGCCUUCAUUUAUACUGUUUGGAAUGUCUACAAGUGCAACUGCAUUAAUUUCAUCUUCUAAGAAGAAGACAUUAUUGAGAUUUAAUGAUGGAGUUGCUUGUUCCUAGACUGGUGCAGUGGCAGAACACUAUGCUACCAACUGAGGUUCUAACCUGACAAGCUAUGGGAAACACUGAAAGUCAGUCUGAGCUCUAGCACCUUCUGCCAAGUUAAUCAGAUGAUAAAUUUUCCAGGAAGCUAUUUUUUUUCUAUCCUGUAGAACAAAAUAAAUUGCUUGGCUUAAGCAGGUAAAGGAAAAAUUGUGGAAGUUUUGGAUUUGUCAAUGAAAUUUAACAAUAUGUAAUGUACAGGACAGGAAAAAUAAAUCAUGUACCAUAUUCUGCACUUGCUUGUUCUGAAUCCAGUUUUGUACAGUGUAAUAAAUCAUGUUUCUGUCUGUUAUUCCUAGAAGCUUCUUGUGCAGAGAGAUGAAUCCAUUUGAAUUUUGUAAGGUCUUUCUGUAACCUGUUGUCUAUAGUAAUUGGUAAUGGAAUGAAAAGCAUACAAGCAGUCCUAGUGCUAUUGCUUUACAGUAGUUUGUUGUAUUAGCCCUUUUUGUAAUAGCAGAGCUGGGCUGUUAACAGGCUGCACAAGAAGAGGAGAAUAUUUGUGUCCUCAAGAGAUAGUUUUAUGUUUACUUAAAUCUUUGUGAUUGAAUUGCUGAUUUUUGUGGAUUUUUCAAUAUGGGGGUUUGUGGAUUUUUUUUUUCUUUCUUUCUAUGCAGGUGUUGGCUGUGGUGAAAGUAAUGGUCAGGGGUGGAUCCAAGGACCUCCAUUCUUAUUCCUGUUCAUUCAGAGCAUUGCUGCAAACCUUGCUUUCCCAGCCAUGCACUGCAGCCACUGCAUUUGUUAAGGACCCAGCAGCCCUUCUUUAACAACAAUUUGUACCCCAUUUAUUUAAUUCCUGUAACAGCUCAGAUGCUUUCCUGUCUCUGUGACCUCAGAAACCCUGACAGUGGCUGGUGGUGGCUGACAUCCACUAAUCACUCCUUUAUCAUGGGUACAGUUUUGCUACCCUGCAUAAAACUUCCUGUAAAUACAUGGAUGCUUUCUCUGAGAGCUUGAAGGAAAGGUUUCAAAGCCAGCAUUUGGUUUGAUGCUGCUGUGAGCUCUUCCCCCUCGUGCUGAAGGCCUCUGCUGAGGGACUGUGCAGAAGCACCUCUCCUGCAGACAGAGGGCAAAGCUCUUACACUCUGACUUGAGAGAUGCCCAGCACUCAAAAGACAAAUAAGGUGACAGCUGGGGAAAGGAAUGUGGAGAGCUAAGAGGAACCCUCCCUCCUAGCCACUGAACUGAGGAGGGAGAGAAAUGACUUUAAGUUCUGACAAUCCAUUUUAAGAUAGGUUUGGAAAAAAAUUGUCAUGUUCAACUUGGUGCCCACUGGGACCCCAAGGCCCCAAAGCCAGUACAGUGGCUUUUAUAACAUGUCUCCCGGAUAAGAGAUAUGCACAGAUGUGCUGAGAAGUAUUUCAGUUCAAGACUCUUUGUUUAAGAAAUCUUAAACACUGAGUAUGGAAUCACAUUGUCAAGAGCAGUGUUAUAAGCUUUUUAACACUGGCAAAACUGAGCUUUGGGAACAGUUCCACAAACUUGUUAAAUAUUUAGUGGAUACAUUGCUUAGACUUAAGGCAAAUAAGAGCUUGAUUAAGAGUGGCUAUGUGAUGUGAGGUCAUUGGAUGCAUAAGAAGAUAACUUUCACUUGUGUUACUUAAGCGAAAAAGCUAAGGCAGUGAUUUUGGUAAUAGGGUUGGUGGUGGUUGAGUUUUUGUGUCGGUCUGUUGAGUUUUUUAAUUUAAAUCACAUAAAGAAUGGGGAAAGGAUUUCACCUUUAGGAUAACAAUCUGUAAUACCUCACCUGAAGCACAGAACAUAUUUUGACAGCCUGAAUUAAUCUUCUUUUCCUUUACUCUAGCACUUUCUCAUGUAACCUAAAGCACUGUAACCAUGAGAAAGGUUACGCCUUAACAAGAAACCUCUGCUCUUUGGCCUCCUGAGUGCUGCUGUCCUAGGAGGAAGGGCAGGCACUCUCCCCUUCAGCAGCAGGGGUGCUUUGAAAUGUGUUCUAAAUCUCUAAAGCAGAGGUUUAUUUUUCUUUGGGAACAGCUUUUGUCCCCAAACCUAGAUCUCCUUAUAGACAGAUUUUGCAGUGGCAGUGGUAGGAAAUCAUGUCCCCUCCAGGAUCACUUCCCAGUCCUGGGUGAUUUGGCUUUUAGUGAUUUCUAGUCCUGACAAUAGCAGUUCAAAGGCAAUCAGGAUAUUCACUGCCAUAGUCCACAAUGAGCUUGCAAUUACAAUUUUGAAAAACAAGGUCUCCCUUCCCACUGCCUCCCUAACCUGUCUCUGAGAGACUCCUGGCUUUUUUUAUUACAUUCUCUCCCAACAGUUUUGUUCACCACUUUCUGGGAAAAGACAUUCUGCCACGGACCCUCUCUACGAGCACUGUGUAAGCCUUUUUCCUUGGAGUCAGACAGGACUGAGGCUCUUACCUGGAGAAAACAGGAGUGAAACCUUGCUCUUUCUUUCCUCCUGUUCCCCAUCCCUGAGAAAUGCAUUAAGUUGCUUUAGGAGAAGGAAGAAGCUGAACUUCAGGAAAACACCAAGCUCAAACCAAGAGUUCUCUACUAGGGUUGGCAUUACCAGACUAGAGGUCUUUUUGCAAGUGUAGCAGGCAGAAGCAAUGAGGGCUGGCAGGAAGGAGAGGGUAGGAUGGGGAACAGUAGCACGACGUUUUGCGUUUCAUGGGGCACAAAUUAGCACAUUCACAGCUCCAUCAUUGGCAAAGAACUUAGAGGAAGGCUAGGCCCUUAAUAUCCAACUAAAUUUGCUUGAAUUGGCAGAUAGAUAGGUACCUGCAUUAAAUAAAUCAAUGUCAAAUGUUUGGAGACAGUUGCUAAAUUUGAGUUGAGAAUAUUGAAACGUUAGCUAAUUAUGCUAUUUGCUUGCAGUCUUUUUAUACUUUCAUCUGCAAGGCUCAGGUCCAAACCCUCAAAGACACUGGAACAUAAUUCCCAGCAAAAACUCCUACAAAGUGCAGUAGGAUGAGGGUUACCUUUAAUGCUUAAAAUGUCUCUAUUGAAGGACAUGACAGAUAAGUGGGUCAGGACAUGAGAGGUGAGAGUAAGGUUGGGUUUCUUUCUUUCAAUUCCUGUGGACCGUCCUCUGUGCCACGCACAGACCUGUCCCUCUACCUGUCAGACAUGCAGGUGAUGCUGGUAAUGCUUAUUUCCUGCCGGUUUAUGUGUACAUUCUUCUACAAAUAUGAAUAAAACAUCUUCAGUUUUA